AUGGUGUUGGCAAAGUCGAAAAAGAAUGAGGGGCUGGGCAAUACCCUGAUGAACGAUCGCUUCGGAAAGGGCAAAGGCACCGACCACAGGAAGACGUCCGCUACUAUGCGAACGAAUCACACGACUGGCGAACAAUAUCUCGUAAACGACAAGAAGGAUGCUGCUUGGGUCAAGAUGCGCUCCGUUACAGAGCAAGGCGCGCUGGACGAGUUCCUGGCCACUGCCGAGCUGGCCGGCACUGACUUUACGGCCGAGAAGAUGAACAAUGUCAAGAUCAUCCAUACCGACCAGAAGAAUCCCUAUCUGCUAUCCGCCACUGAAGAGAGAGCCAUCCUUGGCAAGCACCGACAGCAUAGAAACCGACUGACAGUUCCGCGAAGACCUCACUGGGAUGCUUCGACGACUCGGGAGGAGCUCGACCUACGUGAGCGAGAGGCUCUCGUCUCAUGGCGAAGAGGCUUGGCCGAGCUGCAAGAGAAUAACGAUCUGCUCAUGACGCCGUUUGAACGAAAUAUCGAGGUUUGGAGACAGCUGUGGAGAGUCAUUGAAAGAUCAGAUCUCAUUGUGCAGAUUGUGGAUGCGAGAAACCCUCUUCUCUUCCGAUCUGAGGAUUUAGAAUCAUACGUCAAGGCUGUUGAUCCCAAGAAAGAGAACUUGCUUCUGAUCAACAAGGCCGACAUGAUGACUGUUAAGCAGCGCAAGGCAUGGGCCAAGCACCUGAGAGAAGCAGGAAUUGCAUACAAAUUCUUUUCUGCACAGCUUGCAAAGGAAUUGAUCGAGGCAAGAGAGGACUCAGACUAUGAAUCGGAGGAUGAGGAACCAUCUUCUUCAUCACAGCAGGUUGAGAAGGAUGAGGAGAGCGAAGACGAGGCAGAGGCUGCCGAGGGCUCGGGAAGCAAAGCGUCAGAGGAUGAAGAUACUCAGAUUCUCACAGUCGAAGAGUUGGAAGAGAUUUUCCUAAAAUAUGCUCCAACCGAUAGAGAGGCAGAUCACAAACUCCAAGUCGGAUUAGUCGGCUACCCUAACGUCGGUAAAUCAUCAACCAUCAACGCCCUCAUCGGAGCCAAAAAGGUCUCCGUCUCUUCAACGCCAGGAAAGACCAAGCACUUCCAGACCAUUCAUCUCAGUGAGCGGGUCAUUCUGUGCGAUUGCCCUGGUCUCGUGUUCCCCAACUUCGCCACCACAAAGGCCGAUCUCGUCACUCAGGGCGUGCUGCCCAUUGACCAGAUGCGCGAGCACUCCGGACCUGUAGGCUUGGUCGCUCAGAGAAUUCCUCAGCCAUUCCUGGAAGCCAUUUACGGCAUCAAGAUCUUGACUAGACCUGUCGAAGAAGGAGGCACUGGUGUUCCGACCGCUGAGGAGCUGCUGCGUGCUUACGCUACUGCUCGAGGAUUCCAGACCCAAGGUCUUGGUCAGCCAGAUGAGGCGCGAGCAUCCAGAUAUAUCCUGAAAGACUACGUCAACGGAAAGCUCCUCUUCGUUCAUCCUCCCCCAGGUAUCGAGGAUGAGAAGGAGUUCAACGCUGAGCUGUACGACGAAGCGCAUCUGCCCGAGCGCCGCCGUGCCGGUUUCAUUGCCGCCACGGAGGCCCUCCACCUUGAUGACGAGAGCCUGGCAUCCGAGUUCGUUGGCCUCCCCCAGGGCCCCAAAUCCAAGAGGCUCGAUAAGAGCUUCUUCACGCCAAAGAACAUCCGCGGGCAUGUCAGCCAGCCCUUCAACUACAAGUACACAGAACAAGGCAGCGCGUCCGGCAGCACAGCCGGCGGCACCAAGAUGCUUAGCGGACGCAAGGCUCGGGCAGCGAUUGCUCUCGAGACCGGCGUAGACCCCAAAGAUGUGCAGCUUGGGUCUGGUAAGAAGCAUUUCAAAAAGGGCGCGCCGAAUGGCAUGGGCAGGAAGGCAAGGAGGGGAGCACCAAACUUUGCUGAUGACUAG